AUGAAUCGAAAUGAGGCCCUUAGAGCUAGGGGAGGAUGCUCUGUUUGGGACUGCGAAGAACCCAUAUUUGCGCAGUCUCUUUGCUCUAAGCACCAGAUGGGUGACCAUAAUACUGUUGCCUUCAAACCUCCUGGUCUAGAGCCAAUGCCUCGCUCUGUACAUAAGGCAAAGAGGACCCGGCGAUUCUCCCCCGGGAGGACAAUGAUUGGUCCCGCACAGAGUAACCCUCAGCGAUCCACGUCUUCUGCACAUCGGAGCGACUCCACUUUGAUACACCCGGCUAGCACGGAGGUGCCAGCUUUUGCCCGUCAAUUUCCAAAACAAGACUCGGGCCAGAUUCUUGGGCAUUCAGCAUCACCAGUAACAACAAGACCCAUGAUGUCAAAGCAAAUCCGAGCAGCAACAGAAUUCUUACCGGCAGCUGCCUACGCCUCCGCAGCCGCGACUAGAUCCACACUGUCGGAACCCCGGGAGCCUUAUUUUGCAUUGAGGCCCGAUCAAGGCCAUUCAGCAUAUAUACAUCAAAGUCGCAAUAGGGAUGCUCCAGCGGGCCAAUAUGCACCACCAAAUACCUUUCCCAGAAAACAUCUCGCCCUAAUCGGCGGAUUGGUUGACGUUGAUGACGGCUUCACGUCGAAUUUGAAUUUUCCUAUUGCUCCGCCAACUACUUUGCCUUCCAAUUCAUCCAGUGAUGGUACAGGUAUUAAAGGUCCCCCAGCAGCAAUUUCAUCUUCUCGGGCUGGAGAUACAAGCUCGGAAGAGUCAAUUUCGAUCACUGUAGCCCAAACACCCAGCCGGAGAAAGCCAGAGUCAAUGAAUAGCAAUAGGCGUGAAGGCCCUACUAUUCACGUAUUCCAAAAGUCCGAUCAAGUCUUUCAAAGCAAAGAAAAUCUUCCAAUUCAUAUAUCACCUUCAAAGAGAAAGGCUGAUCUUUCAGAUACACUGCCAAAAAUCAAAGAUUCCUCUGUUGAACAGAAAGGAGAGAGACGCUCUACUCUCUUGGAAAUAGAAAUGCAAACAAAGGCACGAAAUUCAAACAAUCCAGAAUAUGCCCAUGGAAGCGCUCCGUCAAUCAAAUCUGCUAAAUAUCAAAGCCAAAUGCCCGGUGAUGAGCAAGCUGCGAAUCAACCUCGUACCCCAAGAAAAGUCCAGAUGUCAAAUACGCGGGUAUCUACGAUAGAGACUGUCCAUAAGAAUGGUAGAGGGCAGCUUGAAAAUCAUACACGUGUGCAAAUCGAAAUCCUGGAUUCUGAUGACGAGACAACUAUUCACGUUCCUCAACAACCGCAACAGCCUGAGCCUCUGGCGACUACAUCAACGGGUGAACAGCAGGCUAAGGCUAAUGGUCCAUCAUCCACUAUUGGAACAGAGAGUGUUAUAGUGGUGGGCCAAACAGUGGUGGACCAAACGGUGGUGGACCAAACAAUGGUGGACCACACGGUGGUGGUGGCAACGCAGGCAAUAGCAGAGGAGCGCAAGAGGGACAUGAUCCACGCCUUUGACUCGGAAGCCUUUGAUACAAUGAUAUAUCGCCAGUCUGCACUCCGCCCGCCGCGAGGGGUUACGUUACAGGCCCCAGCGCGACCGAAAAUGCCGGUACAGAAUCCUUCUAUUGAGUAUCAGAGGCUGUAUUUACCAAUCAAUCCCGCAAUUCACUUACCAUAUAAUCGAUCUGAAGAGUGGCACGCGAAAAAGGCAGCAGAGAUCCAAGCCCGUAGAGGGCGUAAGGCGUGGUUUGGAAAAGUUAUUGAAAGGCGACGGUGGCUACGAGCAAAAGAGAAAGCCGAAGAAGACGAGAGAAAUGCAGCAAAAGAAUCAAAUCAAAAGCUUUCGCGUAUAGACCCGCAGCCCUGGUCGUAUAAUCGAGUCCUUGAUUUUGGAGAUGUUCCUCACGAGGAACUGCCAGAAGAUGUUUUACAGAACCCGGCGUGGGUUAAGGCUUGCGCCUGGCAUCGAGAAAAUCAUGCAAAGAGGCUUUUUCGAGAGCGCGCAGCCAAGAAUGCAAAUCGAGCAGCAUGGGAUCAAGCCGAACGCAUCAUGGAAGAUGCCAAACUAGCAUCACAAAAGAGCCGCGGACCUUGA